AUGUCCAAAUUGUUAGUGAAGUGGGCCAAUUUCGGGUAUCAGAGGCGCCCAAACGGAAAAAAUGUCAUUAUUGUCCUCGAAAAUGAUGAGGUGCUUGCCUUUGGUGAAAAUCAAGAUGGUUGUCUUGGUGCUGGUGUCGAAGGUGAAGUGAAAGUGCUCAAGCGCAUUGAGAAUUUGUGUGACCGAAGAAUCGAAGGGUUUGAAUGUGCUAAUAGCCUCGACAGAAAAUUCAGCAUUUUUGCCAUCUCAGGAUCUGGUUCCGUGUUCUCUUGGGGAGAAAAUGGCUAUGGACAGCUUGGAUUAGGAACCAUAGAAUACACCAAAGUGCCCACCAAAAUUUUAGGCUCUCUAAAAGAGGAAAGGGAAACUGCUGAUUAUGCAUUCAUAUUCGAGGGCGGGGAGAAAAUUCACGUGCACAAGGCUAUGCUGAAUUUCGGCAGCGACGUGUUCAAAAAAAAGUUCCUUUGCAAUUGGGAUGAUAGUUGCAAAAAGGAGCAGAUUGUCAAGGAACACAUCAGCUAUGAAUCUUUCUACGCGUUCCUCAAGUACUUCUACACAGAUGAAGUUGAUUUCACGCCUGAACUUGCUCUUGACGUGUAUGCCGUAGCGGACUUCUAUCAGGUGAAGGGUCUGAUGAACGAGUGCGAAAAGAUCCUCAAAUCUGGCCUGACAGUGCAAAACGCUGCAGAUGUUUACGAGAAGGCCAUCUUGCUUGAAGCUAAGGACCUGUGCGAGUUCUGCUUUGAAUUUUGCAGGGAGCAUUUGAUUGAUGUCGUAGACGAUUUUGAGACUGAUGAAUGCAAGAAAGAAUUUGUCUUGGAAGUUUUCCGUCGAGCGGCUAAUCAAUAG